AUGUUUAGUUCUACUAGAAAAAGUUCAUCUGAAUUAGAGGAUGAAAAGAAAAACAACGUUGGCAAUUUGGGGUUCAGUGAGGUAGCAUCUGAUGAAUUGGCUACACAUGAAUUCAUUGCGGAAUACGCAGAUGAAUACAAUCCACAAGGUUUGGCAAUAGCCACACUGGAAGAUAAAUUCAAGUAUAGAAACGUUAAAACAAGACCAACCAUUGCAGCCAUGUUGAUCUUGGUCUGUGAGUUUGCUGAAAGAGGUUCUUAUUAUGGUACUCAAGGUAUCUUGACUAAUUUCAUCAUGAGAUCAUUACCUGAGGGUUCAACCACAGGUAAGGUCAUGCCGGGCCAUACAGGUAAUGCCGGAGCAUUGGGUCUAGGCUUGAAAGACGCCAAUGCCUUGGUCACCCUAUUACAAUUCUUAGCCUACGUUUGUCCACUAUUUGGUGGUUAUCUUGCAGAUGACAGACUAGGUAAAUUCAAGGCAAUCAUGAUUGGUGUCUGGGUUGGUAUUUUAUCUCAUCUUUUGUUCGUCAUUGCUGCUUUGCCUCCAGUUAUUGCCAAGGGUCAGGCCGCUUUGGCACCUACCGUUCUUGCAAUUUUGUCCUUGUCUGUCUGUACGGGUUUCAUUAAGGCAAAUCUAUUGCCGUUAAUGCUUGACCAGUAUCCGUACAGCACCAAUGUCCUUAGGAGGGAGCCUACAGGUGAAGUUGUCUAUGUUGAUAGAGACGGAUCGAUGGAACGUUUGACAAUGAUUUUCUAUUGGUCCAUUAAUAUCGGUGCAUUCCUACAAAUUGCUACCUCAUAUUCUGCUAAAAGAGUUGGUUACUGGUUAGCCUUCUUGUGUCCAAUGCUCAUGUACUGUAUUGUUGUUAUUGCUAUGUUGAUAAUUAGACCACAUUUAAAGCCAGAGGUUCCACAAGGUUCUUUACUCAAGAAGGCUGUUAUCGUCGUUACAGAGUGCCUUAAGGGUAAUUUUAUUAAGAGAUUAAAAAAUAAAGAAUUUUGGGCAUAUGCUUACCCAUCAAACAUGGAAUCCAGGGGCGUUCCUGCUGAGAAAAUCAAAUGGACUGAGCAGGAAGUCAAAGACUAUAAGUCCACAUUUACACAAUGUCUUAUGUUCGCAUACUGGGUCAUCUUCAACUUGUCAGAUUCUGGUUUGGGGUCCACCUUGACAGCCCAAGCAGGUGCUAUGACUUCUCAGGGGAUCCCUAAUGAUUUCUUCAACAAUUUCAAUCAAAUCACAAUUGUUGUUGCAAUUCCAAUUUUGGACUAUAUCAUUUACCCGGUAUUUUCCAAAUAUAAAAUUAAUUUUAAACCAGUCUAUAAAAUCUUUGUUGGUUUCAUGUUGGGUGCUUUGGGUUCAAUGGUUUCAGCGAUCCUUCAGUGGAGAAUUUAUAAAACUUCUCCAUGUGGCUAUUAUGCAACUAAUUGUGAUGAACCUUCUCCACUAACAGCGUGGUAUGCUAUUAUCAAUUAUGGUUUAUGUGCUUUGGGUGAAUGUUUCUGUUACACCACAGCAUACGAAAUUGCGUAUACCAGAGCUCCUGAUAACGGUAAGGGUUUGGUUAUGGCUUUGUUCCUCUUCAACUCUGCCAUCUCCUCUGCCAUCUCAGAAGGUAUCUCUGGUGCAUUGUAUGAUCCUAACUUGAUUAAACCAUUUGCAGGUAUUGCCGGUGUAGGUGGUUUAUGUGCAUUCUUAUUUUUAUUCCAAUACUGGAACUUAGACAAAGUCAUGGAGGAAGAAGAAAGAGAGCGUGUUGCAUCUAAGCAGGAAUUAGGGCAAUUAGAAAAGGCGGAAAUUCAAUCCUUGGUUAGAGUUAUCUCAAAGUAA